UCUAUUGCGUUUCGAAUAUUUCAUUUAUACGCACGGGUACGGUAGACUCGAUCCAAACAGACAAACGUUCAAAAUUAUUGCACAAAAUUAUAAGUAAACACCCCGCGUCCACCCCACCGCCCAUAUUGGGUACCUCGUGUUUUCGGUGGUUCCCUGAAAUACCGGAAAAGUGUCUGUUAAUCGUGAAGUUUUCCUAAUGAAGCACUGAAACAGAACGACCGACAGCAACAACAACGCAACAGAAAAGAGUGGAUAAAGAAAACAGACAGCAAAAUGCUAGAACCGCCGAAAUUUAUAGAGAAUGAUUGCUACAACGGCAGCCGGACCUUCACUUGGCUGGCGGAUAUGGUGGGCCUCUCCGUGGACUUGGUAAACUUUUUGAUUUGCCAAAUAUCUGCUCUCUUCCUGGCCUCGCUAUUUCGGUCGAUGCUGCAUCCUUCGAAGGUUUCCAGCAAAUUGCGCCACACAUUCGCCCUAUCGAUUGGCCUGGCCUUCGGCUACUUUUGCUUUGGUCAGCAGGCAAUCCACAUUGCCGGAUUGCCGGCAAUAUGUUACAUCGUUAUCCGCACCCAAGAUCCACGUAUUGUCCAAAGAGCCGUCCUGCUGGUAGCCAUGAGUUAUCUGCUGUGCGUACAUUUGAUGCGCCAGCUUUACGACUACGGAUCCUACGCCCUGGACAUAACCGGGCCCCUUAUGAUCAUCACUCAGAAGGUAACCAGCCUGGCGUUCAGCAUUCACGAUGGGUUUGUGCGGGGCGAUGAGGAACUCACCAAAGCGCAACAGUACCACGCCAUCCGCAAAAUGCCCUCUGCUUUGGAGUACUUCUCCUACGUGUGGCACUUCCAAAGCAUCCUAGCCGGUCCUCUCGUUUUCUACAAGGAUUAUAUCGAGUUUGUCGAAGGCUACAAUUUGCUUAGUACUCCACCGGGCAAUGGAAAUCUCGACAGCAGCAAGAGAGAAGUAGUACUGGAACCUUCGCCUACUAAAGCGGUAAUACGUAAAGUAGUUGGUAGUCUUGUGUGCGCUUUCAUCUUCAUGAAGUUCGUGAAAAUAUAUCCCGUGAAAGACAUGAAGGAGGAUGACUUUAUGAACAAUACCAGCAUGGUUUACAAGUACUGGUACGCCAUGAUGGCUACCACCUGCAUACGCUUUAAGUAUUAUCACGCCUGGCUCCUAGCGGAUGCCAUAUGCAACAACUCAGGUCUAGGUUUCACCGGCUACGAUAAGGAUGGCAAUUCCAAGUGGGACCUGAUAUCUAACAUCAAUGUGCUGUCGUUCGAGUUUUCAACGAACAUGCGCGAUGCCAUCAACAACUGGAACUGCGGCACCAACCGCUGGCUGCGAACGCUUGUCUAUGAACGAGUGCCCCAGCAGUACGGCACGCUCCUUACCUUCGCCCUCAGCGCCGUCUGGCACGGCUUUUAUCCGGGCUACUACCUGACCUUCGCCACCGGCGCUGUCGUUGUAACGGCUGCGCGCACCGGCCGGCGACUCUUCCGUCAUCGCUUCCAGAGCACGCAGGUCACGCGAAUGUUCUACGACAUCCUCACCUGCCUGAUCACACGCGUCGUACUGGGCUACGCCACAUUCCCAUUCGUUCUGCUUGAAUUUAUGGGCAGCAUCAAAUUGUACCUGAGAUUUUAUUUGUGCCUUCACAUCAUUUCACUAGUGACCAUAUUUAUUUUACCCAAGUUUAUACGCGGCGAACGCCGGCUUCGGACGUCGAAUGGCAACGGAAACGUGCGCUUGUCGGGCAGCGGCAAUACCAAGGAUGCAGUGACCACUAGUGUGGAGUCUACGGCAGCCCUAACCGCUGGCAAUGAUCUCAACGAGGAUAAAGAGGAGGAUAAACACGCUCAAUGUAAAGUCCACACGCCCACACAACAGCAGCCAGCUGCUGGCCCACACAAAACAACCGUAGAACAACCAACCGAGCAACCAAACAAUGUAAAUCUUCGAUCACGCCCACAGCAGCAGCAGCCACAUCUCGAAAAGAAGGCAAUGCCGCCCACAUGCGCCCGGGACGCGGUUAGUGUUCCUCAUGACCAAUGCGAGAUGGAUCAGUUGUCCAGCAAGCUUAAGGAGAAGAUCGAGGCGGAGACCAAAAACAUAGAGGAGUUUAUUGAUAAGACUGUUACCGAAACCGUGAGCGGCAUUGUAGAGUUCAAGAACGACCUGAUGCGGGACAUCGAGUUCCCCAAGUUAAAGCUACCCGGCAGCAACGGGGCAAUUUCUUUGGACUCUUCAAAUGGCGGUGGGCUGCGCAAGCGCAACAUAUCCUCUGUCCAUGACAAUGGCACAGAUCCUGGCCAUGCUACCGCUGACCUCCAUCCUCCUCUCGAGGAGAAUGGCGCCGCCUUUCUAAAGAAGGAGAUCGAGGUAAUCAACGCGGUGGUGCAACAAGCAGUGCCGGCAGUGCUUAGCAACGGUCAUGCAAAAUAGUAGCAUUGGCCAGCAAGUGUGAGGAGAUCGAACAAAACAACGAGGACGAGGGUGGAACGGCAGGGAUUGGAGGCAGUCAGGGGCCAAAAUGGGUGCUCCAUAUCUGAUUGAUUGAUUAAUAUAUACACUGCGAGAAUUAUCCAAUGCGCACACGAUAUUCGCACACUCCAAACAAUUGCAACAACUUUUGGGUUUCUCAUUUAAUAAAUCGUUUUCGUUGACAAUCCUGAAGUAAAGAAAUUGUUUACCCUAAUGCAAGUUUUUAGGACGGCUGAUUAUUAAAGAAAUAACUAAAAUACACUAACAUACUCGAUAUGUUCAUCAGCAGCUAAUACCCUUGUUUAAAUGUGCACAAAGUCUCUAAUUGUUGUUGAAAAAAUCUAUAUACUUUUAUAGUUGUUUAUUUGUUAAUAUCCCAUGGCCUGAUACGAACAGUGCGUUUUAACCAUACCCGACACAUAUCCGCUAGAGUAAUUAAAAUCCUGAAAAAGUUAAGAAAAUCGACAGGUAUGUAUGCACGUCGAUUACCAGACAAGGGAAGGCAGCCAAAACUUUUUGAUAAGUUUAUUUUAAAAAAGAAACCCAGAACAAGAAAACUAAAAACGCACUGUUUGAGUCACGACUUUUAUCGAAAACUAAUCCAUAUAUAUGUAAAAGCCUGCAUAUGUUAAAAUGUUUACCAUAUAGUCUAUGUGCGAACUAAAAAAAAUUUUUCAGUAUCAUUACUAUUGUAGUUCAAAUCCCGCCCGAAGGAACAACAACGUGACAAGUAGAACCAAUGUUAUCAUCUUCAAUUUAAAAACAAAAGCCUAAACAAAAGUCAACCAAAUCCUAACUUUAGACUGAAGCUAUUGACAUUUACUAAGCAAACAAAAAGCAGAACGUGCGUAGAUAAAGUUAGUUAGUAAGCCGUCAAGUUGAUUUUGAUAUUAUAUUUAAACCAAUUCUUGUACAAGUGCGUAAGAGUGUCUGGACAGGAGUACCGGCAUGCUCCACAUUUGUAUAUCCUUUCCAAACCGGCCUAUUAGCUGGCUCUUUUUGUACAUGUUCGUGUCCUCCACUUGUGGCUUCCUACUCCGUAGCUCUUAAGCAUGCUCUUUAUAUAACCUUUUUGUUUUACCCAUUAAUUUGUUAAACCCAAUAAAUGAUUUUUCCCGAAAUCCUUACACGUAAUCGAUAUAUUUUUAUAUUUAUUGUAAUGAAGAGUCGGAAACAAAACCACUCCUACCGUGAGCGAAAUCUCAGAGCACAUUUGUCUUGAAGUCGUAGUUUUCUCCUGGAAAAGCGCCGGAGAAGAUUUCGACAGGCACAUCACUAAGGUGUUAAGCAGUCCAGUCGCCUAAGAUAUACAAAACCAAUUUGAUCAUUGAUAUUCGAAAAAUAAAUCGUAUAUGUGUAAUUUACAUUGAAUUUACUGGUGUCCCUCGAAAAUGGAUUAUUUAUGUAAUGGACUUUUAGUGGAUAUAUAUAUGGUCAAAGCUGUUAACUCCGUUCAUCGCCUUAGUAAUGCGAAAAUGGUUGGUCAUAAUCUUUAUGUGUAUAUCGAUGGAAUGCGACGGGGAAAGUCAGAAAUAUUUUGCAGAGCCGAUGCAGAUAGGAUGUAUCCGUUUAUUAUAUCCAGACAUUUAACUUCUAGUUUGGACACUUGGCUAUUUUUAAAUACAAUAACUACUGAUAUUGGAAGCAUUCGAAACGGCAGUCUUUAUUCAAUUAUUCAACAUAUAAUUCAACUCCGACAAAGCAUGCCUUGUUGCAAGCAUGCAAUCAUCUACAGUGCACCCUUUGACCUUUAAAUAUGGAAUCCCUAGAAGAAUUAUUUACGGAUUUAUUAAGGUUUGUACGUUUGUGAUGUCGAGGUGGUUAACUUAACGCGUAAUUGAAUGCCAACUAUUUUAGACCUUAUAUUUUAAUUGAUAAAACUAUCUCAUUAGAUGAUUUCAACUGGGCUUCAAGUGCAUUGAUGAGGGAAACUAAAGAUUCACAUAUUUUGACAAGUUAAAUGUGUUUUUAAAAAAUUCAAUGACAACAAGAAACAAGGAAAACUUCUGCAAGACCGAGCUUAUAUACCCUUGCAGUAAUCAAAUUAAAAAAAUAUAUGUUUACCAAAUAGCAAAAAAUCAAUGUUCACAAACAAUGAAAAACCCAAAAUAAUAAACUGAAGCCUUAAAACGCUUUAUGACCGAAGUCAAUGAUAGAUUUAAAGCUAAAAAACGAUCACCCCGAAACCUGUUACAUAUGAAAGAUUCCGUUAGCUAGGCUUUUAUUUGUUAAAAGACAUUUUUAAAUGUUCUUAUUAAAAACUUAAAUAAAGCUCUAUUUCAAUUCUUCUUAGAAUUCGAGACUACCGCU